AACAUGAAAAUUGCUCACCACAUGAAAAUUGCUCCCAUGUACCCUUUUCUGUAAUACGGAGUAGUAAUAAUACCCAUGGGUGAGCCUACAUGUAAUCUCAUACAGCCGGCCAGAUUAUAGACAUGUUCAUGAUGUUCUCCAAGCUUGUAAUACUAAUAUUGUUGUCUAGUUCUCUCCUUCGCUUAGCAGCCACUCAAGAUCUUGGUUUCACUUACAAUGGGUUCCGAUCACAGAAUCUGAGCCUCGAAGGCAUAGCUGAGUUUACGCCAAAUGGUGUCCUGGUGCUCACCAACGGCACCACACAAAAUAUAGGUCAUGCCUUCUAUCCUUACCCAAUUAACUUCAAGAAUUCAUCAAACACUUCUUUCUCCUUCUCCACCGCUUUCAUCUUCGCCAUCGUCACAGGGUCUCCAGACCUGAGUGGUCACGGAAUUGCUUUCGUGAUCGCACCAACAAAAGGCCUCCCUGGAGCUCUUCCAAGCCAAUACAUUGGUCUUUUCAAUAAGACCAACGAUGGCAACCCCACUAAUCGUGUUGUCGCUGUAGAGCUCGAUACAAUUCAGAGUCUGGAGUUCAAUGAUAUUGAUCACAACCAUGUUGGGAUUGACAUUAAUGGGUUACAUUCCAAAGUAGCCAAGCCAGCAGGCUAUUAUGCUAAUAAUAAUGAUCUGUUCCAGAACUUGUCCCUUGCUAGUGGCCAUCCGAUGCAAGUCUGGGUAGACUAUGACGGUGUGGAGAGGUUGAUAAAUGUCACACUAGCUCCUGCUAAAGUCCAGAAACCAACUACUCCACUUUUGUCCUUCAACUAUGAUCUUUCGCCUGUUAUCAAUGAAACCAUGUAUGUUGGCUUCUCAUCAUCCACUGGCUCGGUGAUAACGCGCCAUUAUUUAUUAGGAUGGAGCUUCAAGAUGAAUGGCCAGGCUCAAGGGCUCGACCUCUCUCAACUUCCUAAGCUUCCUCGAAUUGGACCAAAGCAAACAUCUCGAGUUUUGACAAUUGGAUUGCCUGUGAUUUGUGUAGUUUUAGUGUUAGCAGUGGUCUCAGUCACAGUUUAUUAUGUUACAAGGAAGAGGAAGUUUGCAGAAGUACUAGAAGAUUGGGAACUUGACUAUGGGCCUCAUAGAUUCAAGUACAAAGAUCUAUAUAUUGCCACCAAUGGGUUUAGAGACGGAGAACUGUUGGGAAUUGGAGGAUUUGGAAGGGUCUACAGAGGUGUAUUACCUACCUCUAAAAUUGAAAUAGCAGUGAAGCGAGUAUCUCAUGAAUCUAGACAGGGUCUGAAGGAAUUUGUUGCGGAAAUUGUUAGUAUUGGCAGGCUACGCCACCGCAACUUAGUGCAACUCCUGGGCUACUGCAGGCGCAAAGGAGAGUUGCUUUUGGUCUAUGAUUACAUGCCUAAUGGAAGUUUAGACAAGUUCUUGUAUGACCAACCAAGGUUCACCCUGAAUUGGAGCCAGAGAUUUCGAGUCAUUAAAGGUGUGGCAUCAGGACUUCUCUAUCUACAUGAAGAAUGGGAACAAGUUGUGGUUCACAGAGAUGUCAAGGCUAGCAAUGUCCUGUUGGAUGGAGAAUUCAAUGGGAGAUUAGGAGAUUUUGGCUUAGCCAGAUUGUAUCAACAUGGAACUGUUCCUCAAACUACCCAUGUGGUUGGAACUGUCGGGUACCUUGCCCCAGAGCACACUAGGACCGGCAAGGCCACAGCGAGCACUGAUGUGUAUGCUUUUGGGGCAUUUUUGCUUGAGGUUGCUUGUGGAAGGCGGCCAAUAGAGCCGCAAGCACCAGCUGAGUAUCUAAUUUUGGUUGAUUGGGUGUUUGCUUGUUGGAGUGGAGGUGACAUUCUUCAGGCAGUUGAUCUGAACUUGGGUACCAACUAUGUGCCAGAGGAAGUGGAGUUAGUAUUGAUGCUUGGCUUGCUGUGCUCUCAUUCAGAGCCUGUGGCUAGGCCAACUAUGCGGCAAGUUGUGCAAUAUUUGGAGGAUGACAUUCCUCUGCCAGAGUUUAAAUCACUUGGUAUAACUGCCACCGGACUAACUUUUGCACACUACGAAGGCUUUGAUGAUUUUGCAAUCUCGUAUACAUCUUCUGUGGGGAAGGCAUUUUCACAAACAUCUUCUUCUGUUGCAGAAUCACUUCUCUCUGGAGGCCGAUAAUACUAGACCAUUUGUUUCAGUUAUUCACCUUAUGGACAAUUGUGGUAUUUGUGAUCCAUAAAGGGUGCUUUGUUUUUUCUUUCCUGCUUAUGCAUUAGUGUACCUGCCAUAUCAGUAUUGGUGCGUUACGGAAUAAUGUACAUCACAAUUACACUCGUUUCAAUUUUCAAGGGUCAUGACAUAGUUUUCAAUCUAAA